AUGCCGCGGUUUCCAGUAGCCCGGCUGCUCCUGGCAUUGCUAGCAACGGCCUUCACCAACGCCCAAGUUUUCGAUCAGGCGCAGUACAGCAUCCCUUGCGUGAUGCAAUACGUCGGCUGUGUCCUCAUCCCAAACUUCAACACGGCCUUCAGCCGUCUACUGGGCGACGCUGCUUUGACUCCUGGAAAGUGCCAGCGAUUCUGCAGCAAUCUUGGUUCGACCGGUUGCUAUCACUACCACGUGCGGAACCAGCAGUACCACUGCCACGACAUUGUCUUCAUCCUCGACGAUGACCUCUCAGACAACCACAAACACGCCCUUGACAACGUCGUCACCGACAUCAACCUCCUCCGACUCCUCGUCAUCUUCGUCCUCCUCGACGACCUCAACAACGUCGACCUCAACGACCUCAACGACCUCGACAACCUCAAUGGCCUCGACAACCUCGACAACCUCAACAACCUCAACGACAAGAAGCAUCCCAACGUUCCCACUGGACGAGAGCCUCCUCAACUCUACGAGUUCGAGUUCGUCUUCGGACGUCUCCUCUACUUCAACUACGUCUUCUCUUUCGUCGAGCACAGAUACUUUGGUUUCUGGAACCAGUACGACCUCUGGUUUCAGCACACUCUCCAGCACAUCAUCUUCAGCGACAACUUCAAGCCAGUCAGCGACCUUGAGCACUUCAGCCUCGACUACACCAGUGUCAAGCGCUCCCAGCAGCGGAUCCUCUCCUACAACUCUACCGCUUUCCUCAACGUCUCCUACUUCAGUCCCUACUUCAGUUCCCGCUUCAACUCCUUCUGA